AUGUGGUGGGGCGUCCUCGGGCGCACGCUCCACUUCGUCCUAGAGCACCUCGAGGGCGGCAACAAGCCGCCGCUCCAGUUCCCGGUGGCCUCGGCGCCUGUCCCUCGCCGGAGCGGCGGCAUUUGGCUGCCGAGGCGCAUGGAUGAGCCCGUGGAGACGCCGCUCGGGCGGCGCACUCGCGGCAGCGCUCUCGUCAUCAACGAGGGCGGUCGUGGUUCCUCCUCCUCCCGCCUCAUCAAGCCCAAGACGGAGGCGCGGCUCGUCGCCGUCAAGAACGAGCACGAUGACAUGCUCGCCACCAACGAGGCCGCCCUCCAGUGGGCGCGCGAGGACUACGUUAAGUUGGAAAUGGAGCGCCAGCGCCGUGCCCUAGAGGAGAUCGCCGCCCGGCGCUGCGGCCGCGACGAGGGUGGCGUCAUCGUCCUUGAGGACAGUGACGAUGACGCACCUCCGCCGCCAACCAAGCCCCGCACGACCUCUCGCCCCCGCCCGCACGACCUCUCGCUACCUACUCCUCCUCCCGAGCCGUUCGCCGCCCCCAAACUCCCGCAGCCGUUAGCCGCCGGAGCCACCCUUCGCCGCGGGAGCCGCUCGCCGCUGGAGCCGCCGCGGGUCGCCGCCGGAGCCGGAGCCGCCCGCCCCUGGAGCCGCUCGCCGCUGGUCGCCCUCUGCCCGUUGACGGAUGUGAGGGCGGUCCUCUUCUGCUUCCCCGCAGCGGUCACCCUCCGCGACGCUCGCGCCUCCAUCGACAGCUUCCUCUCCCGCCUCGACGCGCCCGUCGCCGUGCCGUCCGACAGCGAUCAGCCUAUGGCGGAUGGCGGCGAGGCGGGGGAGCCGAUUAUUGGGAAGGUGGAGGAUGGGCUCCCGGAGUGCGCUCUGCAGGGGAACCAGCGCCAGAAGCGGCCCGUCCCGCCUUCGUGGCCCCUCGGGCCCCGUUCGAGUGGCGCUGGCAUGGCACCGGAGGCCACCACCGAGCCGGCGCUGGACGUGCAACUGCGGCGGGGCACUGCCAUGGAUCUCUUGCUGCAGUUCCAUGCGUAGGAUGAAGGUGACUCUUGGUGCUUUGGCGUGGUGAUGAGAAUUUAAUUGAUUUACUACUAGGUUACUUUGGAUUAGACAUAGAUGCAGAAACCUUGUGAAUAAUUGUGCGCUUGGGCUGUGUCGAUCUGAGGGGAAUGGCCGAAUGAGCAUUGUGACAGAAUGAUUGCGUUACUGCUGUGCCGGCUGAUGUUCAGAGUAUGUAUCAGCAAUGUAGUCCGCUCAGAUAAACCAAAUUUUCUCUUUAUAAAACAUGCCGCAAUCAAACCUGCAUGACCAAGAUACUGAAAUUACUCUCUUCGCCAGUAUCAACCUGAAGUACCGAUUUACAUUCACUCUCUUCUGAAUCUUUGAUUUAUGUAAUCGGGAAGAACAUUUGCUGUUAUUUUCUUGAUCUGAAUUGUUCAUCAAUUUAAUCAUGAAAAUUUAUGUGAAUUAUUUAAUCAGGAA